UUCUUUCAGCGCUCGAUCGGGCCUGACAUUAAGAAGGAAAUCAGCCCUGUGUCCUCCGGGGCCUGCUGUUCACCGGUCUCCAUCAUCGAGCUUCCACACAAACACAAACUCCCGGAGGAUUUGACGCUGUUUUGGUCAUUUUUUGCUGCGCCCCGAGCAUCGACCCAGCCGGAUGUCGCUGUGCCAUGGAGCCCUCAACAGCCUGAUCCUGAACAGCGUAAGAGGAGCGACCAUUCUGGCCUGAAGCACUCCACUGCUGCUCCUACAGCACUUAUACCGCAGACCAACAGACAAACACACAAACACACAACGGGAGAGCUGCAGACAGGUAAAGCCAAGUCAUGGAGGCGAUAUGGCUCUAUCAGUUCCGGCUGAUCGUCAUCGGGGACUCCACGGUGGGCAAGUCAUGUCUGAUCCGGAGGUUCACGGAGGGCCGCUUCGCCCAGGUGUCUGACCCAACUGUCGGUGUGGACUUCUUCUCCCGGCUGGUGGAGAUCGAGCCGGGCAAGCGGAUCAAGCUUCAGAUCUGGGACACCGCGGGUCAGGAGCGCUUCAGGUCCAUUACCAGGGCUUACUACCGUAACUCUGUGGGUGGGCUCCUCCUCUUUGACAUCACCAAUCGCCGCUCUUUUCAGAAUGUCCAUGAUUGGCUGGAGGAGGCUCGUAGUCAUGUCCAGCCACACAGCAUUGUCUUCCUAUUGGUGGGCCACAAGUGUGACCUGGAGGCACAGCGCCAGGUGACCCGCCAAGAAGCUGAGAAACUGGCAGGGGCAUACGGGAUGCGCUAUGUUGAGACGUCAGCUCGUGACGCCAUCAAUGUGGAGCAAGCCUUCACCGAGCUGACCAGAGACAUCUUUGCCCUGGUUCGGUCUGGUGACAUCACCAUCCAGGAGGGCUGGGAGGGCGUGAAGAGUGGGUUUGUGCCCAAUGUGGUUCACUCAUCUGAGGAAGUGACCAAGAGUGACCGCCGCUGUCUCUGUUGAUCUGGGAAGACUGAAGAUUGUGGAGUGAAGGAUCAGAGGGAGGCGGCUGAUGGACUGAGAUAUCAGCCCUCUGACUGAAAACUGGUGGUAGCCCACUGAUGUCUUUUCUUAGAAAGGAUACAGAGGUGGGAUGUUUGGCGAAUUUCAACAAAAAAGCUGGUAGAUGGUGGAGAAGAACACCUUGAACUUGGGUGUAAGGCUAACAAAGAUUGCACCCAUUAAAGAUGCUCAUUUGAGGGCUCCCAUGAUUAAAUUCUUUUUGUUUUGUUUUGGGCUUCUUUCCUAAAUAAACCUCCCUUACAAAGGCCUUAGAAAGAUGAUCAUUUCAUUUUUCUCCCUUCAUGUCUGUGGUCACCUAUCUGCCCCUUAGCCUUCUCUUCUCAAUAUGCAAUGACAAGAAUCACAGAGACAGUUAUCACUCAGUUAUUUGGUGUCCAACAUCUUUCUUUGUAUUUUUAAUCCAGCGCACUUAGAUGAAACCUCCCUCAUUAUUUUUCUUGUGUUGACAUCUUCAGUACUGUGCAAAAGUCUUGAAUCCUGAUUUAUUAUUUUUUAAAUAUUUUGCUAGGAAAAUGGGAUAUAGGUGCAGUGAUGUAUUGAAGCAUGUGCAAACAUACAAUACAAAAAAUAUGGUAUACAAGGCAAAGAGUUUAUGCAAUUCUAAUGAGCUUGAAAGUGAAUAUUUGGUAUGACCACCUUUAGUCUUCGACAUGGCCUAAACUCUCUUGGACAAGCUUUCUUGUAAUUUCUUUGAAUUGUUUUCAGGAAUAGUUCUCCAGGCUUCUUGAAGGACAUUGAAAAAUUCUCUUUGGAUGUUGGCUGCCUUUUGUUCUGUUCUCUGUCAAGAUCAUCCCACACUGCUUCAAUAAUUUUGGGGUCUGGCCUCUGGGCAGACAUGUCUUUGGGAUCAUAGUUAUGCUCAAAAAUGAAGCUACUGAAAAUCAGACGCUUUUCAGAUGGUGGAUCAAAAUCAGCAACAACAACAACAACAACAACAACAAACACAAAAUGCAUUCCUCUGAAAAAUGGUCAAGUUCAAGGAAUGAACUGAAAAUUAGUGAAAAAGCAGCCAAUGUCCAAAGAAAAACUUUGAAAGACCUUCAUAAUGCCUGGAGAACUAUUGCUCAAGACCACUUUAAAAAAUAACAAGGAAGUCUGGCUCCUUGGAAGUAAAAUGUAAAGAAAUGAAGGAUGAUUCAAGAGUUUUGUAUAGUACUUUAGCUCCACUUUCUACCAUUACAGCUCAAUGGAGGAGUCCUGGAGGUCCUAAAUAUGUAACAUGAUUUUUUUUUUCCAUUUUAUUUAACUUUGAAGCAAUUUAGACCUCCGGUGAGCUCAAUGACAUUGACUACAUGGUUACGUUCACUAUGAUUUUGCUAAAUACCAUAUUGGGCAUCCAGUUCCCAAUGGACUCCUAAAGCAGAAAAAGUCAACAUGUACAGCGAUCUUACUGAGGUAGACUCAUGUAAAAACUCCCGAUGGUUUACCUUUCACUCAGACACUUGUCAAGGUGGAUUAACGGGAACAUUGGAGCCAGAAAUGACCAGAAUAACCAAGUCCGUCUUAAAUGUGGUGCCAUUUGGGACAUUUCAAUAGAGCAAAUAGGUAACCCAGGCAAAACAGGUGGAUGGACUGGAUCCUGCAGAGGGAAACUUGGUGAAUGGACUCCACAAAAGAACCACAUUACCCACAAUGCACGCAUAGGACAGAAAUGAACUGAAGAGAGUACAACUGGCAACCUAACACAGCUUCAGGCACAGGGGCACUACAAGGCUAAUUUUGUUCUGAGCAAGUAGUAAUAUAUAUAUAUUUUUUAAUGUGAGUAGGUACAUGUGUCAUAUCUAACUUUUAUUUUUAGUUUAUUUUUAGUUGAACACACUCUAAAGCUUCAGGUGGAUGUUACUGCCAUUACUCGAAAAUUACACUUUGAGUUACACUAUAUAUAAAAGGGCCGUGUGGGUAGAUAAAACAAAGUGUAAUAGUUGGAGAUUUGAGAUUUUCAGUGACUUUAUAUCAAGAGUCUGAAUUUGAAUGUGGAUAUAUAGCCAUUAAAAUAUUGUUAAAAUGUGUGUAUGCAUAACCUAGAGGUAAAAAAAAAAAAAAAUAUUAGCCACAUUUAGCCCAGUUUUACUAUAAUUUUGACCUUGAUGCAAAAUUCAGUGUUUAUGGGCUACUUGAAUGAUGAAAUCACAGUUUUCUGCCUUAUGUUAUAUUUAUUUUUAAAGAAUACAUUUAUUCGUUUUCUUAUAGAGAGUUAAAUAAGAAACAGCAGUAGCAUAUAUUAGUGUUAAGACCAGAGGUGCAACUACCCUGCCAUGGAUGGAAAUACUACUAGACAUAGACACAUAACCUGACCACAAUAACAAAUUAUUAUUUUUGCACAUUUUUCUAUAACUUAAACAAGGUAUAAGAUGUUAACCUUUUGCAGAGACCAGUUUUGUUUCAACCUAUUUCGACUCUGCUAAGCUAAAUGCCUCGUCAGUCUUAUGACUGAACAUAUUCUGCAAAAAAGCCCAGUUGCUUUUAAAGUAAUUUUACUGGUAAAUUUACAUUAUGUUACACUAUUUUUUUUUUUUUUAAAAAAGUACCAGCAGGUGACUUUUCUGCUGUUUGUACGCCAGUAUUCACCUACAUGUUCUACAGAAAUCAGCACUGAUCUAAAUAAAACAAUCUGCUCACCCUUACCUACAUAUGCACACUGGCCACUUUGUUAGUUACACCUGUUCAACUGCUUGUUAAUGAAAAUAUUUAAUCAGCCAAUCACAUGGCAGCAACACAGAGCAUUUAGGAAUGUGUACAUGGUCAAGACAACCUGCUGAAGUUUAAACUGAGCAUCUUAAUGAAAAGAUAUCUGAGCCCAGCACAGGGUUGGAGUGACCUGUUAAAUAGCCCAUAGCUUAAACCAUCAGAAUGGGGAGGAAAGGUGAUUUAAGUGACUUUGAACAUGGCAUGGUUGCUGGUGCCAGGCAAGCUGGUCCGAGUGUGACAGAAACUGCUGAUCUACUGGGAUUUUCCCACAAAACCAUCCCUAAAGUUUACAGAGAAUGGUCUGAAAAAGAGAAAGUAUCCAGUAAGCAGCAGUUCUCUGGGUGAAAAUGCCGUAUUGAUGUCAGAGUUCAGAGGAAGGCAACAGUAACUCAUAUAACAGCUUGUUACAGUAUGCAGAAGAGAACUGCUGAAUGUGCAAUGUUGAACCUAUAAGCAGAUAAGCUACAGUAGCAGAUCACACUAGGUGCCACUCCUGUCAGCUAAGAACAGGAAACUGAGGCUACAGUUCACACUGGCUCACAAAAAAACGGAGCACUGAAGACUGGAAAAAUGUGCCUGGUCUGGUGAGCCUUGAUUUCUGUUGUAACAUCUGGAUGGUAGGGUCAGAAUUUGGCAUAAGCAUAAUGAUAGCGUGGAUUCGUCCUGCCUUUUAUCAGUGGUUCAGGCUGGUGAUGGUUUAAUGCUGUGAGGGAUAUUUUCUUGGCACAUUUUGAGCCCCUUAGUACAAACUGGGGAUCAUUUAAACCCCACAGCCUAUCUGAGUAUUGUUGCUGACCAUGCCCAUCCCUUCAUGACCACAGUGUACUCAUCUCCUGAUGGCUGCGUCGAGCAGGAUAACACACCAUGUCACAAAGCUCAAAUCAUCUCAAACUGGUUUCUUGAACAUGACAAUGAGUUCACUGCACUCAAAUGGCCUCCACAGUCACCAGAUCUCGAUUCAAUAAAGAGCCUUUGGGAUGUGGCAGGACAAGAGAUUCUCAUCAUGGAUGUGCUGCCAACAAAUCUGCAGCAACUGUGUGACGCCGUCAUGUCAAUAUGGACCAGAAUCUCUGAUGAAUGUUUCCAGCACCUUGUUGAAUCUGUGUGAAGAAUUAGGGGAGCUCUGAAGGCAAAGCAGGGCCCAACCCAGUACUAGCAAAGUGUACCUAAUAAAGUGGCUGGCGAGUGUAUUUGGCUGUAAUUGUUACAAAUCAAUAAAUUAAAGCCAUUUUAAAGAUGGAACAGGAACAUAGCAUUCUUAGCAAAUAAAUGUACCUUAAAAUAAUCAUCUAAAGCACCUGGAUUGUUUGGUGUACAUGUAAAUACUUACAUAUCCUUUUGCAAAAUUUCCAUUUAUAUUUUCUCCCCUCUCUCUCUUCUGUAUAAGUGGGAUGCUGCUGUAGAUGUAGGAAACAUAUGGUUUGAUAAAUGUGUUACUCCGGUUGCCUGUAAACCUGAUCUACAUUCCUGCUAUGAUCACAGCACUGAUCACUCUGUUUUUCUCUUUUUAAAAUGAAUGAUCAUUACAUUCCUCUGUUGGCCACUGAGGAUAGUGUAUGUCCUCAUUUUCUCACACUGUAUGCCUUCUUUUUUUAAGUGUUUCCAAAGAGUUUUGUGUGUGUCAUUUUAUUUUUUACAUGAAUGUAUCAGUAAGGGGGGAUUUUACACGAGUUGUCCUAUCAGAGUAAUAUUUCCAGUCAACGCAAGACAGUCCUCUGAAAGCUUUCAGUGAUGUACAUGUUUUGAGAGUUUAUGGGAAACUAUUCUAAUUAUAAUAAUCCAUUUCCACAGCUAUACACACACUGCAUUAUUCCUCAUUGAAGUGAGUGAAAUGCUGCUGCCAGACAGAAAAGAUCGAUCUUCAAAAGUCCUUACAGGAAUAAUAAAAGAAAAG